AUGGCCGUGGCAUUUGCGAUUUUCUUCUACCUUGGACGCACGAUUUGGAAGGCUCGUGCCCCGAUGCGACGCAUGCGGAGGCUGGGGAAGCCAAUGCCAGCAUGGAAUCCUCUGCUAGGCAACCUCCUUGCCGCCGGCAGAAUCGCCGAGCAGCUGCCGCCUGAUAGUCAUAGCUGCUACUUGCUGCGCAAAAUGUCACUGGAAUACCCGAACGGCGCAUUCUACCUAGAUGUCUGGCCCAUGAUGGAAGCGGUAAUCGUCGUGACGGAUCCUACAAUGGCUAAUCAAGCCACGUCUCAUCCCGUUGUUGGAUCAACAAAGCCAUCUAGCUUGCAAGGGUGGUUCUAUGCUAUCACCGGAGGGCCGAGCCAGUCGGACUUGAACGGCCAGGCUUGGAAAUAUCUGCACGAUCUCUUCAGUCCAGCUUUCAGCAACACCAAUAUCAAUGCCAUGGUUCCGGUUAUUGUUGAUCGAAUUAUUACAUUCCGCGGAAUCUUGCGCAAAAAAGCCGAGGAGGGCGAGCGAAUCCUGUUGGAACCUUUAGUUCUGAACCUCAUCACAGACAUUAUCGGCGAGACACUAUUUAGUAUGCAGCUCAACGUGCAGCGUCAACCUCAUUCUCUCUCCAAGGCUAUGAGACGUCAGCUCCGGAUGAAGUUUUCGCAAUACAACCCCCAGAAUAUCCUGUCUUUCUUGAACCCCGUCGCAAGGUAUAGGCUCUGGAAUAAUAGUCGCAUUCUUGACAAUGGGAUCAAGACUCAGCUGCAGAAGAGAUUUGAAGAGUAUCGAAGCCACAAGACCAGAGAAGAAUCCAAGGCGUUCAAGCCAGUCAUUGACAUUGCCAUCGAAGAUUACCUUCGGCAGGCGGGGAGGCGGAAUAUCUCCACGCUUGAUACUGCUUUUCUGACCAUGAUGACGCGAAAUAUGCGAGCCUUCUUCUUUGUUGGAUACGAUUCGACUGCGAGCUCGAUUCUCUUUUGCUACUAUACUCUCUUCAAGCAUCCGAGCGCGCUUAAGCGCAUCCGGGCUGAGCAUGACUCCGUGCUGGGCACUGACAUUGAUGAUGUGCCGAGGAGGAUUAUCGAGAGCCCGCAGCUUCUCAGCUCCCUCCCAUACACCCAAGCGGUCAUCAAAGAGACUAUGCGUUUGUUCCCUGUUGCGAAUGGCCUCCGCAAGGGCUCGGCCGAUUUCGACAUUGUCGACGCCGAGGGCAACCGAUACCCGACUGACGGCUUCUCCAUUGUCAUUUCGCACUACUCUAACCACAUGAAUCCAAAGGUCUGGCCCAAACCUGAGGAGUUCAUCCCCGAGCGGUGGCUUGUCGAAACUGGACACGAGCUGUACCCACCACCUCGAGCCUGGCGUCCUUUCGAGCAUGGCGCAAGGUCGUGUCCCGGCCAGCAGCAGGUCAUGACCGAGAUCAAGGCCGUGCUAGCAUGUACAAUUCGCGAAUUUGACAUCCAGGAGAGCUAUGACGAGCUGGAUGCAGGGAAGAAAGUUGACCUAAGCGGAGUGGCGAGCCAGAGGGCAUACAUGAUCGACGCUGGGGCAGCCCACCCAACAGCCAAGUUUCCUUGUCGAGUCUCCCUUAGCAGGGAGAUAUCUACUGAGAUUCACCCCAUUGUGCUGUUUGGUGACCCACUCACUCGUAUCACACCUUUGGACGAAGCCGUCAUCAUGGCCUCCAAACUCAAAUUGCCGGUAGAUCUAACCCAGUUCAAAAAGUUGAAGCUUGAUUACAAAAAUCCCAAGCUGUCGGACGACCAGAAGCGAGACCUCCAACACAAUAUUGACAUAUUCCGAGAUGCCAUCAUUGCUUUCACUGCUACCGGCGCUGCUCGGGGCGUCGCCGGUCACACCGGAGGUCCCUAUGACACCGCCCCCGAGGUCUGCAUACUCCUAGGGUUCCUGAAUAACAGCCCCGAGAGCUUCGUGGAUGCUAUAUUCGACGAGGCCGGACACCGUGUAGCGACUCAGUAUCUGCUUGCGGCCCUCGACGGCAAGAUCGAGCCCGAUCACCUUCUAAAAUACCGCGACGCCGACUCGAAGCUUCCGGGCCAUCCGGAAUUAGGAUUGACUCCGGGGAUCAAGUUCAGCUCCGGCCGACUUGGUCAUAUGUGGGGUCUGGUAAACGGCAUUGCCAUGGCCAACAAGGACAAGAAUGUAAUACUUCUAGGGUCGGAUGGUUCCCAGCAAGAAGGUAACGACGCAGAGUCAGCGAGAAUUGCCGCCGCCAACAAUCUACGUGUGAAGCUCUUCAUCGACAACAACGACGUGACGAUUGCCGGCCAUCCUUCAGAGUACUUGAAAGGUUUUGACAUGGCUCGUACUCUCGAGGGUCAUGGGAUAAAAGUGGUCAGCGCGCAAGGCGAGGAUCUUGACUCACUUUACCCUGCCAUCUGUGAGGUCAUCAACCACGACGGUCCUGCUGCUGUAGUUUCGAACCGCAAGAUGGCCGCCGGUGUAGAGGGAAUCGAGGGCCAGACAGCCGCUCACGAUGUCGUCAAGGUUGACAUCGCUCGUAAGUACCUCACCAAGCGCGGUUACAAGCCGGAGCAGCUUGCUUUCUACGACGAAAUCAAGCCUGGAAAAGACCCGCAUGAGUAUCUUGGCUCCACCAAGGAUGAGGGCGCCAAUCGCGUCAUCUUUGGUGAGGCAGCUCGACAGGCCUAA